UGGCUUGAUCGCAGUCGUUCGGGAGCUCGGGACCAUCCUGGCUUCCAGCUGCCACAGAAAGUAAUCCUUAAAUAAAUAGUCGUCAUCUAAACCUCCGCCGCAUAACACGGCGCCAGUCGAUAAGAUACAGCCCGCGGACAAACUCUAAUUCUUAAAUAUUAAAAUGUGAAUGCGUCGCACACUAAAAAUGGCUAAAUCAUUAGACGACAUUUCAAAAAAAUAUAACGAAGACAACACAUCCAUGGAGGAAGACACUGAGGACUCUCCAGGAUGUUGGCAGCGGAUGAUCGUUUUCUUUCGGAUCAAUCCAAAUCUGAUUAUGUUAAAAGUGACUUUAUUUGUGAUGUAUGGAGCCACAGCAUCUCUUUUGCCGUAUUUGACGAUUCAUAUGCAAAGUAUAGGGCUCACUGUACCAGAAAUUUCUUUUGUGUAUUUAGCAUUGCCAUUCACAACAUUUUUAAGUCCUCCUAUUACAGGAUUUCUUGUGGAUCGUUUUGGAGAGUACAAACCGGUGGUAAUCACAGCUCUGAUCCUAAACGCAGCAUUCCAUCAUUCACUCCUUCUCAUCCCUCAUCAGGAAACGCCAGGAGUAAUGCCAUCUGCUUACGUCAUGCGACAUCCGAUAAAGCGGAGCGUUGAGAUAUGGUGGAGCCCUUGUCCCAGUAGAGAGUGUCCGGAUGAGGACGAACAAGUGGACUUUGUCCUUGACCGCUGUGACGAUCAUUGUAUGCUGUCCGGACCCACUAAGAGUCCCACCAACGACCCCAGCGAUGACCAGGACGAUAUUGACUUUCAUAUAUCACACAAAAUUAAUCCACCAAAUCUCUCCAACAGCAGUUUUUUAAAUAUAACUGAUGACGAGGAGGUCUAUAAUGACGCCGCAUUUUUCUUGAUAGAAGUACACGAUGAUUUGGGUGAGCCUAAAGAACAACUGGGCAUUGAAAUGGAAAGGGACGACAACGAUACAGUUACAGAUUUCAGAACAAGGUUCGGUGAGAAACUUCUGAUUGCCCACGGUGUAAAUAUUACAGCGUUAGAUAAGGAGGAUUUAAGAUGCGGUGGUCUAGUUAUGUUGCACAAUAUGACAAAACUGUCACAGCAGCGACUGGAGACCUUGUCGGCAGACUGCAUGGUUCAGAAAUGUGAUUUUAGAAAAGGAGGUCCAGAAAUAUGUCCCCCCGAUUACAAGGAAAGCGAUGAUAAAACAUUUUACAUUUAUUUCUUUUUACGCUUCAUGGGCACUAUAAUGUUAUCCGCAGGCGUAACUAUUAUGGAUCCCAUAGCUCUUACCAUGAUACAAAAAUACGGUGGUGACUUCGGAAGAGAAAGGCUCUUCUCUAGUAUCGGAAUGGCAAUAUUUUCACCUAUCACAGGCAUGCUCAUAGAUAUGAGGAGCAAACAAGUCGGAUACACAGAUUACUCGGCCGCUUUCUAUACAUACGAUGUCUUGCUCCUGAUAUCGGCCAUAACCGUGGCCGUGAUGCCUCUAGGAGCUAAACUUCCAGCGGACAAUCUCUUACACGACCUCGUGAACAUUAUAAAGAUGCCACAUAUUAUAAUAUUUAUAUUCUUCUUAUUCUUACUUGGAAAUUUUUGGGGUUUCAUCGAAUCAUACUUGUUCUUGUAUUUGAAGGAACUAGGAGCUCCGAACUUUUUGCUCGGUAUUACAGUAACAGUGGGAACCCUCAGCAGCAUUCCGUUCCUGUACGGUGCUGAAGCGAUCACAUCUCGUAUAGGGCACGUCAACGUCAUCAUCAUCGCAUUCUUCUCGCACGCCGCUCGCCUCGUCGGAUAUUCAUUCAUCGAGGAUUCCUGGUGGUGUUUCCCCUUCGAGGCCAUGGAAUCACUGUCCGUACAUCUAAUGUGGGUGGCCGCGGCGACAUACUGUGCAAUGUUGGCACCCAAGAGUUUACUGGCUACUCUCAUCGGAGUAUUGGGAAUGGCCCAUUUCAGUCUUGGUCGUGGCAGUGGUAGUUUCGGUGGCGGGCUCUUGAUAGCCUCUCUGGGUACACGGGAGGCCUUUCGUUAUAUGGGAUUGAUCGCCUUCCUUGGAGGAGUAACCUACGGUCUUCUACACUACUUCUGGCUGAGGAAGAUCAAUAUGAAGGGCAUCCACAUCUCGUCUGAACCGGAUACAGAGAGUGGUGAAGGUGACAAGUUGACGUCGAGUCCAUUACGGAAGGACGCCGGCACCAUGGUGUCUUUGGAGAGACUUCACAUCAUCACACGGUUCAAUCCACUGGGGUCCUUACACUCGUUGUCAAGGGCGGACAGACCCAGGCUGUCUCAGGGCGACAUCAACGAACUGUGCCGCAGUCGCAGCGGCAGCAGCAGUCAGAGACGUUGCAGCAACAUCGAGAUUUCUCCCAAAACCAACAAGGUAGACCUCCUACGAGCCGCCCUCGAUGUAGCCGCUAACCGACGAAUCAUCUCCAAUCCGGUGCUGUCCAGCCAGAACAGACCCACGAACCACUACAAGUUAGCAAACAGCGCUCCAAAACUGACCCAAAGGAACAACAUCUCUCAGCCGGUGCUAUCAGAAUACGACCGCCGACGCGACUCCAUCCCAGAGGAAGCUGAGGAAGACCGUCUCGCUCCCACGCCAAAGAUCGCUGUUAAGACGAAAAGUGACAACUUACCGCCGACCUAUGACGAAGCGACUCAAGAGAAACGGAAAAGUUGGCACUCGGACGACAGUUCGCCUACUUAAAUAUUCCACAAAUCAUGUUUUAGUUUUGGUAGGCGCUAACGUAUGAUUUACGACUAUUUGUAAGUUCGAAGCGAUUAACUGUCGGCGUAUUAAAUUAUAUUGAUAAAUUACGAGAGUUAAUUUCCUACUCUUAUUUAUAAUCUUAGCUUGCACUUGACGCCGCUGAUUGUAUCGGUUUUUUUAUAUCGGGAAAGAAUAAACGUAACUUUAACGGAAUUAAAAUUUUAUACUA